UAUUUUGGUAUUUUGUUAUUUAUUUAUUAAAACAAAAAAGAAUAAAAAAAAAAACUGUGUCAUUCGAGUGCCGUUGCGCUGUUCCAGCUAUGAAGUGCCGCGCAAUGUUUGGCAGCAGUCAAAACCGAAGCUAAACACUCGGCGACUAUGCGACAAAAACGGCUGAAACACACGCUCCCAACACAACAUUAACUAGCCAAACACAACACACACACACACACAUACACAUACACAUACACGGCACACACACAUACAGAAAAAGACGCCUCGAGAAGAAGAAGAAGAACAAACGGAUCACAGAAUUGCGGAUACGGUUAAUUGCGGCACCGUACGCCAUGCUGCUGGUGCGUCAGCUGUUCGGCUCCUCCUCGAACUCGUGGGUGCGCGCCCUCAUCAUAUUCGUGCUCGCCUGGGCGGUGCUCGUCUACGUGUUCGUCCUCAAGCUGACCAACAGCCAGAGCCAUGGCCAAAACCAUCAGGCGCUAGCCCAUGCUGCAGUCGCCGGCGGCGGCGGCGACAAUGAGCACAAUGCCCGUCGGAUCAACCAGGCGCUGCAGCUGCUCGAGCACACGGAAAGGCGGAACGAGGAGCUCAAGCUGCUCAUCGAUGAGCUGAUGAGCGAGCAGCUGGAUAAACAGAGCGCCAUGAAGCUAAUGCAAAGGCUGGAGAACGACUCGCACGACAAUGCGAAGCGCACGCUGAGCGACAAUCUGCCGGAGGAUACGCUCUUCGAGGUGGUCGCCGCGGAGGCGGAACCGGCUGUGCCGGCCGGGCCGGAGCACGGCCAGCUGCCCGGCCAGGCGGGCAUUGAGCCCAGCCUGGAGUAUGAGCUGACGCGUCGGCGCAUCCAGACGAACAUUGCCGAGAUCUGGAACUACUUUAGCAGCGAACUGGGCAAAAUACGCAAAAUUGUGGGCAGCGGCAAUGCCGAGCUGGAGGAGUCCAUACAGCAGGUGCUGCUCCAGGGCGCCGAGCACAAGCGUUCGCUGCUCAGCGACAUGGAACAGCUGCGACGUCUCGAUGGCUACGAGCCGUGGCGCCAGCGGGAGGCCAACGAGCUAAGCGAUCUUGUCCAGCGUCGACUGCAUCAUCUCCAGAAUCCCAGCGAUUGCGCCAAUGCACGCAAGCUCGUCUGCAAGCUGAACAAGGGCUGUGGCUACGGCUGCCAGCUGCAUCACGUGGUCUAUUGCUUCAUCGUGGCGUAUGCCACGGAACGGACGCUGAUACUAAAGUCGCGGGGCUGGCGCUACCACAAGGGCGGCUGGGAGGAGGUGUUCCGUCCGGUGUCGGACAGCUGCCACGAUGCGGGCAGCUCGUAUGCGUACAAUUGGCCCGGCAAGGCGAACACCCAGGUGCUGGUGCUGCCCAUCAUUGAUUCGCUGAUGCCGCGUCCGCCGUACCUGCCGCUGGCCGUGCCCGAGGAUCUGGCGCCGCGGCUGAAGCGUCUGCACGGCGAUCCGAUUGUCUGGUGGGUCGGCCAAUUCCUGAAAUAUUUGCUGCGUCCGCAGACGGCGACGCGCGACUUCCUCAACUCGGGCAUGCGCAAGCUCGGCUGGGAGCGUCCCAUCGUGGGCGUCCAUGUGCGCCGCACAGACAAAGUGGGCACCGAGGCGGCCUUCCACGGCAUCGAGGAGUACAUGACCCACGUGGAGGACUAUUACCGAACGCUGGAGAUUAACGGCAGCAGCGUCGUCCGACGCAUCUUUCUCGCCUCGGACGAUGCGCGCGUCAUCGAGGAGGCGCGCAAAAGCUAUCCCCAGUAUCAGAUCGUUGGGGAUCCGGAGGUGGCGAGAAUGGCCGCCGUCUCCACACGGUACACGGACACGGCCCUGAACGGCAUCAUACUGGACAUCCAUCUGCUGUCCAUGUCCGACUAUCUGGUGUGCACGUUCUCCUCGCAGGUGUGUCGCGUCGCCUACGAGAUAAUGCAGACCAUGUAUCCGGAUGCGGCAUAUCGCUUCAAAUCCCUCGACGACAUCUACUAUUACGGCGGACAGAAUCCGCAUAAUCGUCGAGCCGUGAUCGCGCACAAGCCGCGCAGCCAUGAGGAUCUGCAGCUGAAAGUUGGGGAUCUUGUCUCGGUUGCGGGCAACCAUUGGGAUGGCAAUUCCAAGGGCAAGAAUACUCGCACCAAUCAGGGCGGACUCUUCCCCUCCUUCAAGGUGGUCGACAAGGUCGAAACGGCCAAGCUGCCCGUCUACGCGGGCGUCUAGGCUCCAUUCCGAUUCCGAAUCCGAAUCCGUUUUCGAUUGGGCCUCUCAAAUUCUCAAAUCUCAACUCGGAACAAAAUUCAAACGCAGAACAAAAACUGAAAAAAAAUUUAAAAAACAGAAACAAAAAGAACUCCAAUUAAACUCGAAUCUCGUUUCUGGAACAUGUGAACAAAAGGGAAGAACGCGAUUCCAAAUUGUUGCACUAAUUCUAUGCAUUUUACGUAAGCCGCAGAAAUUAAUCAAAUGUUGACAAGAUAAAGAAUAUACAUAUAGAAAUACAUAUACGUCUGCAUAUAGCGUAUAUCUAUGAUCUAAUUAAUAUAUAUAUAUAUAUAUAUAUAUAUAUAUAUACGUAUAUAUAGUAUGUUUAAGCAUGCCUGUAGGGCUCGAAUACGCGCAAUAUAGUUUAUCCCCUUGUAACAUAGACGAAACACAAACGUAUGAGAAAUAAAAUUAGUAAAGUUUUAAA